UUCCCCACUAAUCUUAUUCAUCACUUCUAUCCACAACCAUGCAAACCAGAUUUCUGAUUUCCUCAUUGUUGGUUUUGGCCUUAACUCUUCAGUCACAGGCCAUUUCCCAUUCCCAUUCCCAUAGCCAUGCAGUGCUUGAUACUGAUGGCAAUGAGCUCAAAGCUGGGCAGCCAUACUACCUUGUCUCAGCUGCCAGAGCAGGCAGUGGAGGUGGUGUGGCACUUGACAGAAGACACAGUUCUCAAUCGUCCAUGGUGAAGCAGCAUUCUACCAAUACCAACUUUGGUUCACCUGUGUCUCUCUCUCCAGCAUCAGAUUCACAAGAUGAUAUGAUUAUCAGAAAAGAUUCAUUCUUUGAGUCUGCAGUAGAGAGGAUGUUCCUUGGAAACACCCCAUCACCUUCUCAAGAGAGAACCAUCAAUGAAGCAACUGAUUUAAACAUUAGAUUUUCAGAGAUGCCUGUGGUUUGGCAAGUUCAAGAAUCACAUGAGUCAUCAUCCAAGAGUCACACGAGGUAUGUAACAAUCGGAGGCCAACCAGGCCACCCUGGCUCCUCAACAGUGAGAAACUGGUUCAAGAUCAAUCGGAUCAGCAGCUCCAGCCCUGAGUACAGGAUUGCAUACUGCCCAAGUGUGUGCAAGUCAUGUCCUGUUGAAUGUGGGAAUAUCGGUAUUAUGGAACAGAAUGGGAAGAGAUGGCUGACUCUAACUCAGAGCAGAGAGUUUCCUUUCAUGUUUGUAAAGGCAAACCGUAGUUAAGUGACAACAAGAAGAGAUGCAUGGGAUGCAAACAGUAAGAAUAAUGAACAAGGUCUAGCUAGCGCCGUCGUUGCUCACAAGCACCAGAAUUUUGUAGGCAUAUGAAGAUCUUAUUACAUUUUUUUUUCUUUCUAUUGAAUUCGAGACAAGAAUGUCAAUGAGUUCUCUCUUCUAAGAUGAGUUUUUUUCUUCCAAGUAUCAUUCAAUCCGUUUGGCCUUGAUCUA